CUUCUUCUUCUUCUUCUUCUUCACUGAAACUAAAAACACUUUUCUCCCUCUUAUUUUUAAAACCCUUCAAACCCCUAACAAACUUGCAGUUGCAGAAGUGAAAAUUAAGGCAACAAGUAAUCUCCGCCAUGACCAGAAACGACGGCGUAUGCAUCACUUCAUGCUCCCUGAAGCUCCACCCUUUCAACCACCCUUCUUCUCCUCCUUUAUUCUCAAACCUCCUACAAAAUACACUCAGAAGCCCACUGAAUUUUCCCAAUUUCAAAUUCAUCAACUUCACUAAGCCCCUGAAGUUCCCAAAUUUCUUCAAUUUCCGUCAUCCUACGAAUUCUUCGCUCCUCCGGUUCGCUUCCGUUUCCAUUUCUCAGAGCAAUGGCGGUACCGGAGGAAGUCCUGAUGCCGACUCCGGUGGGGUGACUCAGUCGGUGCCGGCGGUGAAAAGUUCGAGCCGUGAGGAAGAGAGGGUUUUGAUUAGCGAAGUGUUGGUGAAGAACAAAGAUGGGGAAGAGCUUGAGAGGAAGGAUUUGGAAGCGGAAGCAUUGAAUGCUUUGAAGGCUUCUCGCGCGAAUUCUGCGCUGACUGUUCGUGAAGUUCAAGAAGAUGUCCAUAGGAUCAUUGCUAGUGGAUACUUCGCUUCUUGCAUGCCGGUCGCACAUGACACCCGGGAUGGCAUUCGGCUAGUAUUUCAGGUAGAACCAAACCAAGAGUUCCAAGGCUUGGUGUGUGAGGGAGCAAACGUUCUCCCUUCAAAAUUUCUUGAGGAUGCUUUUCACGAUGGAUACGGAAAAGUGGUUAACAUCAGGCGUCUUGAUGAAGCUAUAAAUUCCAUCAAUGGCUGGUACAUGGAAAGGGGUCUUUUUGGCAUGGUAUCAGGUGUUGAUAUCCUCUCAGGAGGCAUGGUUAGACUACAAGUGUCAGAAGCAGAAGUUAACAAUAUAGCUAUUCGUUAUCUUGACAAGACUGGAGAGCCAACUGUCGGGAAAACAAAGCCCGAAACGAUUCUUCGGCAACUCAAUACCAAGAAAGGCCAGGUAUACAGUAUGCUUCAGGGCAAAAGGGAUGUGGAUACACUCUUGACCAUGGGCAUAAUGGAAGAUGUUAGUAUAGUUCCUCAGCCUGCUGCAGAUGGCACCAAGGUUGAUUUAACGUUCAAUGUUGUGGAGCGUAAAAUUGGAGGUGGAGUCUCUGCUGGUGGUGGAAUUUCAAGCGGGAUCACAAGUGGGCCUCUAGCUGGUCUGAUUGGAAGCUGUGCAAUAUACCAUAAAAAUCUCUUUGGGAAGAACCAAAAACUUAAUUUGUCACUGGAGCGUGGUCAAAUUGACUCGAUAUUUAGGAUCAAUUAUACAGAUCCUUGGAUUGAAGGAGAUGAUAAGAGGACUUCAAGGUCAAUCAUGAUUCAGAAUUCAAGGACCCCUGGUACUCUUGUCCAUGGGAACCAGCCUGAUAACAGUAGCCUCACUGUUGGCCGUGUGACUGCUGGGAUUGAAUAUGGUCGGCCAUUCAGACCAAAGUGGAAUGGUACCGCAGGGCUUAUUUUUCAGCGUGCUGGUGCUCGGGAUGACAAAGGGAAUCCGCUUAUACGAGAUUUCUAUAGCAGCCCACUUACGGCAAGCGGUAAUACACAUGAUGAUAUGUUGCUAGCGAAAGUUGAAACUGUUUAUACUGGUUCUGGAGAUCCUGGUUCAUCAAUGUUUGCGUUUAAUAUGGAUCAGGGGAUUCCUCUGUUUCCAGAGUGGCUUGUUUUUAACAGAGUGAAUGCACGUGCAAGGAAGGGUAUAGUGCUUGGCCCUGCCCGCCUUCAUUUAAGUCUGUCUGGAGGACAUGUAAUGGGAAACUUUCCUCCACAUGAAGCGUUUGCCAUUGGUGGUACCAAUAGUGUGCGAGGUUAUGAAGAAGGGGCUGUUGGAUCAGGCCGUUCUUAUGUGGUGGGUUGUGGAGAAGCUUCCUUCCCAUUGACAGGACCAGUUGAAGGGGUCAUAUUUUCUGAUUAUGGAACUGAUCUUGGAUCUGGACCCACAGUUCCUGGUGAUCCUGCUGGUGCAAGGCUGAAGCCUGGAAGUGGAUAUGGUUAUGGAGUUGGCAUUCGUGUUGAUUCGCCUUUGGGGCCACUAAGGCUUGAAUACGCAUUUAAUGAUCAACGAACUGGGAGGUUCCAUUUUGGUGUUGGCUUGCGGAACUAAGGCUUCGGUCAUAUGUUCCACUCUUUGAUUUAUCUGCUGGCGGAACUAUAAUCAAUCACAUAGAAUGAUCUCAGCCUAGUGGUUAUCCCUUUUGUAAAGGAACAUUGAGGUAUCAGAAUUCACUCACCAGAGAGUAAAAAGAGUGCCAUAUCCAAAUGGUGGCAAUUUAAAGAGGUUUGCUUAUCCAACUUUACUAAAACCGUAAUGUAAAUUGUUGCUGUAAAAAUCGUGCCUAACCUCUGCAUAUUUAUAAAACUCUUUAAAUUGCAUCUCUAUGACGUGAAUGAAUCUGUAGACCUUUAAAAUGAUCUAUUUAAGAGAUACAAACUAGUUUGUAACCUCUAAAAUCCAUCUCUAGGCAUCAAACAAACAAAUUGUCGGUGUUUCGUAUUUUAGAGAAGUCCAAGUCUCUUUCUCGUCC